UUAUUUUUAGACUUCAGGUAAGUACGAUAAGAAGAUACCAGAAAAUUUCGAUGUCUUUUUCAAGGCUAUUUUUGCUUUCUUUGUACACCCAUCUCUCUCCCUGCGAUUGAGCGCCUCAUCGACUUUAUGCGCUAUGACGAAGGCUGUUGAUGUUUUGAAUUAUAUCGUCACUUUAAAUGAGGUACAAAUGCUGUUCGAAAUAUUGCCUUCGUUAAUGCAAAAGAUCGGGCUCCCAUCCCAGUCAGACACGCAGAACAGUAAAUACUCGCAAAUGGAUUACGAUGACGACGAACAGUUUCUGGCUGACUUGAUAAGGUUUCGUGAUAACUGUAACGUUAUGGUGCGGCAAAUUUUUGUCGGUCAUCCACAGAAGGUGUUCAGGUUUGUUGUUCGAUGGAUGGACGAAAAGGUAUUCUGUGACGUCACCGCUGUUCGUGAAACUAAAGAUGAAAACACGUUGCGCUUAAUCGUCGGAGUGCUGAAUAGCGUCUCCAAAACGCCUAUGCAGGACGAUCCGGAUUUCGCCAAAUUCAUCGUGAAAUACUUCGGCUUGGCAUGUAGUUCGCUAGAAGUCAUUAAGGACGAAGCGAUUAUCAACAGCCGUUUGUCACUAAUUUCAUACAUGUUUCCAUUCGCCAAAUAUCUGGCGAACGAAGAUUUCGCUCGUUAUCUCAGAACCAUUAUUCAGGUAUCAAUCGGGCCUGAGUUCGCCAAUACAUGCCGAAAUCACUCGAUGUUCCUGCUGGUGAAAGUUUCCGUAGAGUUUCCGGAAUUGCUUAUCGCUUAUCGCUCAGAUUUGCAAAGAGAAUUCAUGAAUGUUUCUUCUCAACUGUCGCAUCGUCAGAUGUGUUACGUGGCUGAAAUACUCGUCGCCCUAAGCAGUUAUGCGGAUGAUUUCGACUCCAUGGAGCGUUUGAUAGAACAGAUGUCAUUACCAGCUAAAAAUUAUUUCAAUUCGCCUGAAAUUAUCAGAUGUCUAAACGGUAUUUACCAAUCGAGCUGCGUUAAUAUUCUCCAUUCUGCGUACAACGGUUCUCAGGUACUGGACAUUCCGAAGGGUGAAAGGUUUGCGAUCAUGGCGAUCAUUCGACCGAUCGACAUUCGCUUAGGCAUGAAUGAAAUGGCGCUGAAUCGCACAGACUCGGAUAAAAUGUUUCCACGAUUGACGGUCGCCCAGCACAUCCAAGGGUUUCUCUCAGACAUCAGUGAUAACUUACAAACGCUGCUCGGCUGCUGUAUCUCAAAGUUCAGUUCACAAUUCUACACGUUGCCUUAUUCGUCUAUUUAUCUCAGCGAAUCCCUUUUGCCUACACUUGCCACUGUGCCUUCGCAAUUUAUCGGUCAAGUGUUGCCGGCGCUCUCUUUGUUACUGAGCCACUGUUACCAAAGACUUUCGGCCCGUUGGCAGUACGUCGAUGAAAGAGAAAGCGCCGGUGAAGAGCCUGAGUCAGUGGAAGCUUCAAAGCAGAGCAUUUUCGUUGAACAUAUGGCAACUAUACUGACCAGGGAGCUGAUUACGUGUUUGCGAAAAGCUUUGCUAGCUGACGAGGCCAUUGCAUCAGCACAAAAAUUGAACGCUGCUAGAUGCUCAACUGCUUCCUUAAAUAUUGAAACGGCAGUCGUCGAUGAAAUCAUGAGUGAUCCUGACGCAUGUGAUCCAACGUCUCCAGGUACUGCCUCACCCAACGGCGUCGCUCCUACAGCAGCGUCUGCAGAUCUCUUGAGCGAGCUUGGUAAGAGGAUGUGCGAACCUCAGGCUGAAUGCCACGUUCCACUGAUUUUGUUGCUGUUCCACUGUUUGGUUUGGGGCGAUUCGGUUUCGGCUGUAGCGGCACUACCUCUGUGCAAGGUGGUGAUGUCUAGGCUUAACUCCUUUGGUUUGUUGGAUGAAGCGGCGGUCUUGCACUUGUUUAAGUGCGUACUUUCUGGCCUCGGCCGUCAUGGCCAGCAUCAGUAUGUGUCGAUGAUGGUUACGGAGCUAUCACGCUACCUGUACGAAACUUUGGUAUCCUCAUAUCCUAAAAUCCGGGAGGAAUUGCGUGCUUUGCCAGAAUUCUGUGAACAAGACCUAGAGAAAUAUGAAUACAGAGCGUUUUCUUCUAAGUUCAAAGCGUUCAAAUCGAAUAGGGUGAAGCGUGAACUCUACAGGAAAGUUGUCAAAGGAGCAUUGGGGAGCCAAGCGGCCGGCAACUAA